AUGUCCAACAAUAAUAAUUCGGGUGGUCCCGACUUUGUAAAGAAGCUAUUCAAGAUGCUGGAAGACAAUUCCUACGAAGACAUUGUCUCUUGGGGUGUCAACGGCGAUAGCUUUGUUGUAAAGGAAAUCGACGCCUUCACAAAAGCCAUUCUUCCGCGACACUUUAAACAUUCCAACUUUGCGAGUUUCGUACGUCAACUGAACAAAUACGAUUUUCACAAGAUUCGAAGUUCGGAUGAUUCACACUCACCCUAUGGCGAGCAGGCAUGGGAGUUUCGGCAUCCAAAGUUUCAAUGCAAUAAACGAGAACAGUUGGAAGACAUUAAGAGGAAAACUCCAACCAGUCGAAGAGCUCCUGCAUCGACGGCAGCGACAGACUCUUCAACUAGCACCCAGCUGAUCGAACUCCAGAACCAGAUUAAUACAUUGACAAAGUUACAGGCUAACAUGGACAAUCGUCUGGAUGCCUUGCGCAAAAGUGUGAGUGCUCAAGAUUCAAUAUUACAAACUCUUUUACAACAUCUCGUCAAUCCAGAUACCGGCGCAAAACCGUUUUCAAACCCGACGCCAGAGAGCAAUCCGAUACCUAUACCACCACAAACGCAAAAACCUGAUGUUGCUUCGUUGGGGUCGGUAGUCGUAACGCCACGUCCUCAGCCUGCAAAUGACUCUCGACAAGUUGUGCGAGGUCGGACUACUGAGUGGUCGGUGCCGCCCAAAGUUUUACUGGUUGAUGACGAUGCUGUUUAUCAAGACAUUGGGGCGAAACUCUUACGAAUUUUUGGAUGCAAGAUUGAUAUCGUUGAUGACGGUGUUGCUGCUGUGAGAAAGAUGAAAAUGAAUUUGGAAAAAUAUGAUCUGGUCUUAAUGGAUAUUGUCCUUCCUCGCCUAGAUGGUGUUGAGGCAACAUCGCAAAUUAGACGUUUUGAUCCAACAACGCCUAUAAUCAGCAUGACAUCGAAUACAUCAGCGCAAGAUUGUGUAACAUAUUACUCUAACGGAAUGAACGACAUACUGGCCAAGCCAUUUACCAAGACUCGUCUGUUCGAUGUCUUGGAUAAAUAUUGUAUGCAUCUUAAAGCAGCCAUGCCAAAUUUGCCAAAUUUCCAAGAUAUCAGAAUGUUUGAGCAACCUUCGCGGAUAGACAAUGGCAGCAAUUUGAACGAAAAUUGGGGUCCACCACAAGUAUCUCUAGCAUUUUCUAUACCGAAUGAGGGCGAGGAAUAUAACCAUGCAGUUCCGUAUCCCGUGGGUGAUGAAUAUAUGCAGAUGCUCAAUAUCGUAAGCUCGUCAAACACACCAACAACGGGCGCUGUUAGAUACAUUGAUGAUGUAUAUGGUGAUGAUGAAACAUCAAAUAAUCGCCAACGAAAACGGCCGAAAUUUGAGUUAUUAGAAUGA